CUCAAAAACCUAUUUCUCCUUGCCCAAAACCCUAGCCUCCCCAUUCCUCUCUGCACUCCGAUCUCGCAGAAAUGGCCGCCGCUCGUCCCCUCGUCACCGUUCAAUCCUUGGAGUCCGACAUGGCCACCGACAGUGCUGGGAUUCCUCUUCCCCAAGUCAUGAAGGCUUCUAUCCGGCCCGAUAUCGUCAAUUUCGUUCACUCCAAUAUCUCCAAAAACUCCCGUCAACCCUACGCCGUUUCCCGAAAGGCCGGCCACCAGACCUCCGCCGAGUCAUGGGGUACUGGACGUGCAGUAUCCCGUAUUCCUCGUGUUCCUGGUGGCGGAACUCACCGUGCCGGACAAGGAGCUUUCGGUAACAUGUGUCGUGGUGGACGCAUGUUCGCACCGACCAGGAUCUGGCGCCGCUGGCACAGGAAGAUCAAUGUCAACCAGAAGAGGUACGCUGUGGUUUCAGCCAUCGCUGCUUCUGCUGUGCCGUCGCUCGUGAUGGCUCGUGGUCACCGUAUUGAGUCGGUGCCUGAGCUUCCUUUGGUUGUUAGCGACUCUGCAGAGGGCGUUGAGAAGACUCAGAACGCUAUCAAGGUUUUGAAGCAGAUCGGUGCUUAUGCUGAUGCGGAGAAAGCUAAGGAUUCAGUUGGUAUUCGUCCCGGAAAGGGAAAAAUGAGGAACCGCAGGUACAUUUCUCGUAAGGGACCAUUGAUUGUGUACGGCACUGAAGGUGCCAAGCUCGUGAAGGCUUUUAGGAACAUUCCUGGUGUCGAAAUCGCGAAUGUUGAGAGGUUGAAUUUGUUGAAGCUUGCUCCUGGUGGACAUCUAGGAAGGUUCAUCAUCUGGACUAAAUCUGCUUUUGAAAAGUUGGAUUCCAUCUACGGAUCAUUUGAUAAGACUAGUGAGAAGAAGAGGGGUUAUGUUUUGCCGAGGGCAAAAAUGGAGAAUGCCGACUUAGCUCGGAUCAUCAAUUCUGAUGAGGUCCAGUCUGUGGUUAAGCCAAUCAAGAAGGAGGUAAAGAGGGCUCCAAUGAAGAAGAACCCAUUGAAGAACUUGAAUACUAUGCUGAGGUUGAACCCCUACGCCAAGACUGCCAAGAGGAUGGCUGUGCUUGCUGAGGAACAGAGGAAGAAGGCUAAGAAGGAAAAGCUUGAUGCCAAGAGGCAACCCAUUUCCAAGGAGGAAACUGCCAAAAUCAAGGCAGCUAGCAAAUCAUGGUACAAGACAAUGAUUUCAGACAGUGACUAUGCUGAGUUUGAUGUUUUCACCAAGUGGCUUGGAGUUUCACAGUAAUCCUUCAUAUGUGUUAGGUUUUUAAGAUAAGAGUUUAUAAAGAACAUUUGUUUUGUGUUGUUUUUUUGAUAAGAUUGGAUUUUUAUGGGUUUAAUUUUGCAACAAGUUUUGUUGUGUGAUGGAGUUAUGGUUAUGGUUGGAACUUUAAUCUUAAUCUAUGUUAUAUUUAUGUUUGGUUUA